AUGGUAGCUGGGUUGAUGCUGGGUUUGCAGCAACAGCAGAGCUUUCAAAGCAUGCAGCAACACAGCAGUGAGAUGUACAACAGCCAAGAGGCAUCCAUGUCGACAGAUUUUGAAAGUCCAGAUGCCACCAAGGACCCCUGUCUGAAGGUGCGCUGCCCUCCUCACAAGGUGUGUGUCAGCCAUGACUACCAGACAGCCAUCUGCACCAAUCACAAGCAGCCAACUCACAGUGUAAAACCCAGGAAAGGCAGUGUAGGACACAAGCACAGCCUUGAAGCUGGUGUUCAUGGGAAAUGUAGGCUCUGCUCUGCACUCCAGUCAAGUCCUGUGUGUGGAUCUGAUGGGCACACCUACUCCUCUAAGUCCCAUUUUACCAUCUAUGUAUUGACUCCUGUCCUCCUACACUGUGUUAUGCAAAUGACUGAGAACAUGGUCAGCUAUAGCAGGUUUUUCAAGCAACUUAAAAUCAUCUCUAGACGAUUUGGAAAAGCUCUCCAACCUCCAUCUUCUCAUCUGACUCUUGCAACCUUUGUGAUUAGUGAGCAGAGGACGAUCAGUCUGAGGAGCUGAAGAGUGAAAUCGGGUGGCUGAAAGAGACAUAAAGUUGUGAAGCAUUGUGGGAAUGUCUUUGGUAUAACAGACUGGAUUCUUAUUGGCAUUCACAUUCAUAU